UAAAGGAGUAGUUCACUUUUGAAAAAACUUUUGCUGAUAAUUUACUCACCCCCAUGUCAUCCAAGAUGCCUAUGUCUUUCUUUCCUCAGUCGAAAAGAAAUUACGGUUUUUGAUGAAAACAUUCCAGGAUUUUUCUCCAUAUAAUGGACUUAAAUGGGAACCAUACGGUCCAAGGUCCAAAAUACAGUUAAUAACAGUUUCAGAUGCAGCUUAAAAUGUCUUUAAACGACACCAGACGAUGAAUAAGGGUCUUAUCAUGCGAAACAAUCGCUUAUUUCAAAACUUAUUCCAAAAAUGUACGUUUUCUAAGGACAAAUGCUAGCCUUGCUCUAUUCUGUGAGGCGCGUUUGUAACGUCACGUAAUACGCAAUUACGUUCAAAAGGUCACGGUUGACGUAGCCGGAAGUACAGAGUCAGUGUUUACAAGUUGAACGUGCAAACUAACUCAAACGCCGUUUACAAAAAAAGGAAUUAAAAGGUAAAACAACAAUGUCGGACGAUUUUGAACGUAGAGUAGAAGAUGAGAUGGAGUGUUUCGCCGUUCCCUACCUUUUUGAACCUGAAUACACAGACGAAGAAAUUAGGCAGAUGGAAGAGACUGCUGCGGCGACACACACCUCUCAAGCAUCGGGCAGACAAAGAUCGAACGAGACGUGGUGGUGCACUUGUGGCAAAUGCCAACCAUUGCCAACGGAGGAAGAAUCCCAGUGCUGCCACGACUGGACCAUUUCAAUCCCGCCGUUAGAGUCUAUCAAUGAGUCAGCUGAUGAGACCCAGUUUACAUAUCGCUGCAUUACUCAACAAAGUGGAUUUCCACCGUUACUGAGCAAAAGCGUUCUGGAGGUGUUUUUUAGUUUGCCCAAAAUCAACUGGAGACGCCAUGCGAGGCCCCAAGGACCUGGUGGCACCCUAACAGUAGAUCAAUACCAGCUGGUGGCAUACAGGAUAGUGCUGGAAUGGAUGCUGAAAGGGGAGAGAUUGGGAAGACGCAACAGGAGGGUUCUUCCGUCCUGUGUUGUCAAUGCCAUCAGACGGUCAUACCCCUCUCCAUCAGGAAUGUAUGUAGGCUUCAGAGAAGCAGAAGAGGCUUUUAGUCUUCUAUAG